UCUCCACUGCCACCCUUUUCCGGGGUAGGGAAACUGGUGGCAGAGCCGAAGCGAGGUAGCCGUCCGGUUAGAGACUGCGGCGGCGUCUAAGACACAGCAACCUGGUGCCAGUGUAGCUGGCCAGCUUCUCCAUUCGGGCUGCAUCCAGAGUUGGGGAAAAAAACCCUAGAAUUCUAGUGACCCACGGGAGGGUGUGGACUCAGAUCGCGAACUAUGCGGCGCAGACCAAAAUAGCGGAGUCGGAGGGCCACCGGAAGCCCCACCCCUAGGAGGAGUCGCGAAGCCUCGCCUUGGAGGUAGGAACCAAAAGGGACGGCCCCUGGGGUGGAGCCCGCCGGCCAUGGCCGCGCCCCCGGAGGCUGGUCCCGCAGCCCUGCGCUUCGCAGCCGCAGCCAGCUGGCAAGUUGUGCGCGGACGGCGCGUGGAGCAUUUUCCGCGAGUAUUGGAGUUUCUGCGAUCCCUGCGCGCUGCUGCCCCUGGCUUGGUUCGCUACCGGCACCAUGAACGCCUGUGUAUGGGCCUAAAGGCCAAGCUGGUGGUGGAGCUGAUCCUGCAGGGCCGGCCUUGGGCCCAGGUUCUGAAUGCCCUGAAUCACCACUUCCCAGAGUCUGGACCUGUGGUGCGGGACCCCAAAGCCACAAAGCAGGAUCUGAGGAAAAUCUCAGAGGCCCAGGAAACCUUUUGCCAGCAGGUGAAGCAACUAGCAAAGGAUUCUGUUGAUUUGGCUUCGAACCUACAGGGACUUGAGCAAGAGUAUGGGGAAACUUUCCUGGCUGCCAUGGAAAAGCUGUUUUUUGAAUACUUGUGUCAGCUGGAAAAAGCACUGCCUACACUGCAGGCACAGCAGCUUCAGGAUGUGCUGAAUUGGAUGCAGCCUGGAGCUUCUGUCACUUCUUUUGUCCUGAGCCAGUAUGUUGUGGACAUGGGGUGGCCACCUCCAGAGUGCUCUGCUACUGACUCAGCGACCACCUCAGAGCCCAUGGGGCAGAGUCCUCCUCAGCAGCCAAGACCAGCACUCGACAACCCUCUGCCAAAAGCCCAGCCUGGCCCACACCUUCCACAGGGACCAAUCUCAAGGAAGCACCCAGAACCUCUGGCUGGCCACCACUUCAAUCUGGCCCCUCUAGGCCGGCGAAGAAUCCAGUCUCGGUGGGCAUCCACUAGCGGAGGCCAUAAGGAGCGCCCCACAGUUAUGCUGUUCCCCUUUAGGAAUCUGGGUUCACCAACACAAGUCAUAUCUAAGCCUGAAAACAGGGAAGAACAUGGGACACACAUGGCAGAUCCAGCAGGUGCAGUGGGCACCAGAGCGGCCUCUGCUGGCAAGUCUAGGAGUCCAUCCAAGACCCUGGGGGGAAGGGCUCUGAAGGAGAACCCAAUUGACCUGUCUGCCUCAGAGCAAAAGGAGAACUGCUUGGAUUGCCCCAUGGGCCCCCUGAGACUGUCAUUAUCACCUCCGAGGGCCAGGAAGCCAGCGUGUCCUCCGUCUCUGUGCAGCUCUGACAUUACCAUAGGGGACCUGGUUUUGGACUCGGAGGAGGAGGAGGAGGAAAAUGGCCCGAGAGAAGGAAAGCCUGAUCCUAGAUCCUCAGAGGUGACUCAUCCUCUUCAACAAGAUCCUCCUUCCAUGCCCUCCCAACGUCCUUACCAAAAGCCUUGGCCACAUCGCCGGGACAGCUGCAACCUCCAUCCUGCAAAGUAAGGAGAUCUGUGAAGAGAGAGCAUGAUUUCCCAAGCCUUCUAGGAGGUUCCCAAUGGCCCACCUCCAAGCUGACAGGAACCCAAGAGUCCUGAUCCACCUCUCCCAGAGCCUCCAGACCUGGCAGAAAACCCCACUGUUUGGCAGCCUCACACUCUACCCUGCCUGUGGGCCUUACCGAGAUGAUGUGGCCUUUGAGACCGUGCGCAGCAUCUGCACACUCCAUCACCGCACUCAGCUGUGGAUACCCCACUCCGGUUUUCUUCCGGGUGGUACAGACAGAGCCUGUGAAGAACGUGACAAGGAUGAGAGUCAGGUUCUCCAGGGGUGCUGGCCACUGAAUGGGUGGCUGGUGGCCCCCAGUGAACCGGCUUACCUGGUCCAAUUCCCACUUUGAUGAUGUCAGCCCCAGAGAGGAUCAGCUCUUCCACCAUCUCUCCUGUUACUACAUUCCCUGCCUGGGACAGAACCAUCCAGUCAGCAUUCUUGGGACCGGAAACAGAGGAAGCUGUGUGCUUCCAACAUUACUACAAAGAUGGGUGCCUGGGUUCCUUCUGUUGGGCCCUCUGAGGGCUUUGAAAUGAGCCUCUUCAAAGGAGCCCACUUCCCAAGCUGAGGUAAGGGGCCAGUGUCACUGUUGUACUAAGGUAAAGCUGAGGUCCAACUGGACCAAGCCCACAACUAAUUUACAGCAGAUUUCUCUCCCUCUCCAUGCCCACAGACCCAAACAUAUCUUGUGUUUUAGCUGUUAUGUUAUGAAACCUCUCUGGCUUCAGGAAAAAGGGGAAAACAUGGAAAUACAGGCUAAAUACCCAUCUACACAAUUGUAUUUGCUUUUGGUGGACAGGACAGAGAGACCACUCGAUGUUGUGAUGAAAAGGAGGCCUUGUCAUCACUCCCCUGAGCUUGUAAAAAAUAUAAAUAAAUAAAAAACACUCUCUCAUGCAACCUCUUUGGUAGGAUUGUAGUGCCUGCCCAUUUCUGUGGGCAGGUGUAUGUGUACCAGAAGUACGUACAAUGUGUAAGCAUUCCCUUGUGAUCUGGUGUGUGAUGUCGGGCACUGGAUUUGCAAAGACUGUGUUAUUGUCAAUUUCUUCUUUUAAGGUUGUUAGCAGUUGCCGUAUAUAUUGAGGUGAUCCUCUGCUGGGUGUAUAUAUAUUUACCACUGUUAUAUCUUCUUCCUGGAUUGAUCCUUUGAUCAUUAUGUAACGUCCUUCCUGCCUCUUAUUAAGGUCUGUUUUGUUUGAUACGAGUAUUGUUACUCCAGCUUUCUUUCGAUUCCCGUUUGCAUGGAAUAUUUUCUUUCAUCCUCUCACUUUCAGUUUGUGUGUUCCUAGAAGCGAAGUGGGUCUCUUGAAGACAGCAUAUAUAUGGGUCUUGGUUUUGUAUCCUUUCAGCCAGUCUAUGUCUUUUGGUUGGGCGUUUAGUCUAUUUACAUUUGAAGUAAUUAUUGCCAUUUUAUUAACUGUUUGGGAUUUUUGUUGCUCUUUUUUCUUCCCUUCUUCUCUUGUUCUCUCCUCUUGUGGUUUGAUGACUAUCUUUAGUGUUGUAUUUGAGUUGAUUUUUCUUAUGUGUGUGUGUGUCAAUUAUAGAUGUUUGGUUUGCAGUCACCCUGCAGUUUUGAUAUAGGAUUCUAUAUGUACAUACAUAUAUAUAUAUAUAUGAGACUAUUUUAAAUUGUUGGUCUCUUAGUUGCAAGUGUAUCUCCAUUUGGAUUUACAAAGACUGUAUCAAGGGUCAGAGAAAACUGCCCUGGCCAGUAAACAAACAUUUAAAGCAUGCAGCCAUGGAUGAUCACCCAGUGACAUGAUUAAGUGAACUAGGAAAAUCAUAACACAGCAGAGGAGAGAUGAACUGCUGCUCAGAUGAACUGUAACAAAAUGGAGUGGCAGGGAAGAGUGGAGGAAGGAGAGGAAUGGGCCAGCUUCAGGGCCACGGCGACGUACCAUGAUGGUGUGUUCGGGGAAGCGCUUCCGCACAUCCUUUACAAAUUCAACAAAGUGUUCAGAGUAGCCAUUGGCAACGUCCAGGCAUAUGUAUUUCACCUGGGGAAUAGCAUCGAGGAUCUGUUCCAGCUGCUCAAAAUCAGAAGAGCCUGUGCCCGAGCUGGCGGCCAGAUGCUGUGAGAGAAACAGGGCCAUUGGCAUGUCAGAAACCGCCUGGCUGAAUAGCAAACAGGGGUAGGGAGGUAAGGGUUGGUCCCCAGGAAGCCAAACAAGGAUUCCUAGAAGACUGGGAUAAGGAAGGUAUUUGGGAGGACCAGUGUUACCUCAAGACAGUCAGGGUUCUGGCUGGCAAACUCUUUCCACUGCUCGAGGCUGUAGUGUUUAUGGACAGCCGUGAAGAGGGAGAACUGGGGAGAAGCCAUCAUAAAGGAGAGAAUUCUGUUAAAAGAGUCUCUUUUUCUAAAAAUAGACCUUCAUACCAUCCUAUCUGAAGACAAAAGGACUGAAGUCUGUAAGGAGCAACUUGAAGAAGUCAGUGGUCGAGCUGUGAUUUCACUUCAGCCAUUAUUCUCCCCAUGAAUCCAGUAGGGCUUUUUGCCAUAAGCUAGUACUUGUCAUACACUCCCGCCAACGUACAAAGUUACCUGGUUUGGACUUCACCCACCAGCAUAUCCCGUGCUUCUGAUUUAACAGGUGACAAGGACAAGCUGUUGGUGCACUGGGACAAGCAGUAGACAAGAAAGAACCAUGAAGAGACUGGACUGAACCACUGCCCGCCUGCACUGACUCAGCCCUUCCUCCUAUGAUAACCUAUGACAGAACUAACCUCUUUUUUGGUCUCUUCUGGCCCAGCAGUAAUUCAAUGAGUCUAAAUGCUCACAGAAUCACAAAAGGUAAAGUCUAAAGGUUAACAGAGCCAGUAAGGUGCUACCCUUUCUCUAUCUUCUCUGGAGUAAGACAAAUUUUCUUGAGACAGGGACCAACUCGAAAAGUCUAUUUCAGUCAACCAAGUUUAAGGAUAUAAUGACUCAUCAGACUUGUAUUGCCUAGCUCAACAAAUUGCAGACAACAUCCCUGUACUUUGAGAAAGGCAUUCCAAGGCUACUGUGACUGCUAGCAUUUUUGCUUUAAAAAGUGCAGACAUGCAGGGAUUCCCCUGUGGGUUAAGGAUCCGGCUUUGCUACUGCUUGUGUCACUGCUACGGCACAGGUUCAGUCCCUGGCUUGGGAACUUCCAGGUGCUCUGAGUGCCCCCACCCCCACCCCAAUAAGUGCAGACAUGCAAAAAGACAAGAGACAGUUGACUGAGACAGCACAAAUCUUGCAACUGACAAGAAAUCCAAGGGAGUCACGCAUCAGCCAGCAGUAAGGAAGAGUAAAUGCUACUCUCAGAGGUCAUCAAAAACUACUGAGCUAAAGCUGGUACUGAAUUCUGCUUUCUCAGCAACACUCUGCCAUCAACAUGCCAAAAAGACAAAAAUCACUCUAGGAAGUCAGCAGACCUUAGAGAUAUACUGGCACAGGUGGCAUGAUGAGCAUACUCAAAGAUCUCAAAAGAUCUUUGCUUGCAACCAACUUUUUAAUUAUUACUGAGAGACUUGACUGUAUCUCUCAAAUCUGACUUCUUUAGCACUCAUUAGCAGUAAUGAAACAUAAAGCAUCAAGGCAAUCCUAGCAAGGAUUGGAGUUCCCACUGUGGCUCAGCGGUUAACAAAUCUGACUAGUGUCCUUGAGGACGCAGGUUCAAUCCCUGGCCUCACUCAGUGGGUUAAGGAUCCCACAUUGCUGUGGCUGUGGCGUAGGCCAGUGGCUACAGCUCAGAUUUGACGCCUAGCCUGGGAAACUCUAUAUGCCACGGGUGCAGCCAUAAAAUGACAAAAAACAGAACAUCUGUUAACCCUGAAGUCAGGAGUUCCUGCUGUGGCCCAGUGGGUUAAGAAUCUAACUGCAGUGCCUUGAGCCACUGUGGAGGCACAGGUUCAAUCCCCAGCUUGGCACAGUGAGUUAAAGGAUCCAGCGCUGCCGCAGCUGCAGCGUAGACCAAAGCAGCAGCUCAAAUUCAACCCCUGGCCCAGGAACAUCUAUAUGCCAUGGGUGCAGCCAUUAAAAAAAAAAAAACGAAACAAAACCAAAGAACAAAAACAACACUGAGGUCAGAUUCACUAUUCCUUACCUCUCUUGCACAGGCCAGGUGGACAGUGGGCAACAGCAGGAUUCCUAAGCACUUGAUGAAUGACAACAGUAAUACAGUAGUAAAACUGCAUAACCAUGAACCUCAGAGAAAGGACAGCAGACAUUCCAUAAAGACUUACAGCAAUUGAAAACAGAGAAAAGGAGAUGAAGUCUUUAAGGCUAAGAGAACCACAAGCAGCAGCAGAAUCCAUCCACCAGGGCUACAUUAACCAGAAGAAUCCAACGUUCUCAGGGCACCCAAAAUAGCUAUCUACCUUCUCAGCUACAAGUAUACAGGCAGGUAAUACUACUGACAGGAGCGGCAUCUUCCAUUUUGAAACUGAACAAUAACCUGUAUAUAAGAAAAACACAUUCUAUUUUGGGGCUCAUCUCAGAAACUCCCAGGAACCUAGGACUUAAAGAAGAGAAAGGUUUAAAAAAAAAAAAAAAAAUAGGCA